AUGGCUGCUAUGGACUUGCCAUUCGGGGGUGUGAGCAAACAAGAUGUCUUAGAGCGGAGGGUGCAAGGGAUUUCAGUGAAGAUCAAAGAUGGCAAUAUUGGUGUCCUUUACUUGGCUAUGGCACUUUCUGCCUUCCACCACCAAAGGAUCUUCAACACGGUCAAUGUUCAGACUGGCAAGUUCUCGCCUUGUUUUCAAGUGCGGCAGCAUGAUAUAAUUAAGCAGAGUCUGGAUAUUACAUUAGAUGGGCUAUUAUAG